AUGGCUUACACGACAGCAAGAUUAUUCUCAACGUAAUCAUUGAAAUAAGUUUAGAGUUGUGACUUAGACAUUUUUUAGAGACAUUCAAGUUAUUGGAUAGGAAAACAUUCCAAAAGUAAUUCAUCAAUAUGAGUAUGUAGGAUGGACCGCUAUUGCUAUUUGGAAAUCACAAUAAUCAAUUUAUUGAUCCACUAGUACUAUUAUUUAUAAAAGAAAGCUCAUUAUUUCAAAUAUCCCAAGGAAGGUUCACUUCAUAGCAGCUGCAAAAGUGAUUCAAUUAUGUUUAUGCAAUAGAGCAUGAAAAGGCCUAUCAUAGGUCACUUAGGGAAAGCCUUAGGAGGAAUCCCAGUGGAGAGACCAUAGGAUCUGGCAAAACGAGGAUUUGGAACCAUCUAAAGGAUUGAUGGAAACAUGGUAUAUGGUUUGAGAACAGAAUUUAAAUCGCAAUGCAAAGUCAACGACAUCUUGGUGGCUGUAAUUCAGUUGUCUUAUUAUCGAUAGAAUGAAUAGGAAUUUCAGAUAGCUGAAAUAAUCAGUGAUACUUAGUUGAAAAUUAAUAAUCAUGGGUAAAUAGAUUCUCCCAUUCGAAAUCUUCAAUAUAAGAUCUAACCCAAGAUUGACUAAUCAAAUAUGUUUGAAUAAGUGUGGAUUGAAUUAUCAAAGGGAGCGUGCAUUGGAAUAUUUCCAGAAGGAGGAAGUCAUGAUCAAACAAGAUUACUACCACUUAAACCUGGAAUCUGUAUCAUGGCAUUGGGGGCUAGUUAAAAAUUCAACACUAAAGUCAAGCUCCAACCAGUUGGUUUGAAUUAUUUCAAAGGACAUAAGUUUAGAUCAAAAGUAAUCAUCGAAUUUGGAGUUCCGUAUGAAGUAAGUCAAGAAUUAAUAGAUCUAUAUGCGAAGAAUAAAAGAGAGGCCAUCAGCAAUUUGCUUUAUGAAAUUGAGAGUGUAACAAAUCUAAAUUUAUAAACAUUAGUAAUUGAAGACUGUUACGAUCUAAGCUCCUACAUAUUCAGAUCUAUCUGCCGUUAUGAUUGUAAGAUCUCUCUAUUUGCCAGAUAAAGCAAGACUCUCAGCUUAGGACAAUUUGGAAUUGGUCAAAAGGUUUAUUUAUUAUUUCUAAACAAGAUUCUCCUCGGCCUUUUACAAAUUGGAAAAUCACCCUGAGGUUAAGGAAGUAGUCAGCUAAGUGAAAAUGUACAAUUACAAAUUGAAAGCCCUGGGGGUCUAUGAUUACCAAGUUAUGAGGAUGGAGAAGAAUACUUUUCAGGAUAUCUAUAAAAUAGCCUUCAACUUAUUUAUGGCAUUGCUCAGUUUGUCAUUCGCUCUGCCUGGAUACAUUAUGACUAUUCCAAUAUCUCUUUUAUUGAACACCUAUACAGAGAGGGAGAGAUAGAAGGCCUUGGCUAAUUCAAAGGUGAAGUUGAGUGGCAAAGAUGUUAUUGCCUCUUACAAAAUUCUGGCUUCAAUUAUGAUUGUGCCAGCAGCUAUUGCUAUCUAUACUAUCCUAUUUCAUUAUGCUCUGAAGAAAUGGAACUUUAUAAGCAGAGAGAAAUAAUUAAAGUUGACUUUGAUAUUUUUCUUACUUUGGCCUUUGUACAUUACUGCAAUGAUAAGAUCAAAUGAUGGUUUGAUCAGACAUUCAAGAAAGGUUAAAAGCCAAAUCUUAUUUUAUUUGUAUUAAAGUAAAUAUAGAAAACUUAAAAAAUCAAGAGAAUUACUAUAAGAUAGAGUAUCAUAUUAUUUAAUUAUUAUUAAGAUACGAAAGAUGGUUGAUAUGUUGGGAGAAAAUGUAGUGGCCGAUUUCAAAAAGAAAAGAGUGUUCUCUUUUGAUGCUAAGAAGGACAAUUUAGAUAUUGACAAUGUAUUUUGCUCAUUGGAAGAACUCGGAAUCUGAAAAUCA